CGAUGAAAGUAUCGGGCGCGCUCGAAAUUUACCUAAAAUUGACGCUGAUCUGUACAUUGUCGAUCGAUUUCGCGACGAUCGCAGCCGAUUCCGACGAACAAUCGACGAGGUUCCGCAGUCUCUAUGGAUCGUCGAACGAGCGGUUGGGACUGGACGAAGCCGUGAGGAAGUUCGGCCCGGCCGUGCUCACGUUUUUACGCGAUGGCGAGCAGCAUCUGGGACACGAGCCGCCGGAAUGCAACCCGAGAAUGGGCCAAGCGUUCGACUUCGUGGUGAUCGGAGCCGGCAGCGCCGGGGCGACGGUCGCCUCGCGCCUCAGCGAGAUCGAGGACGCAUCCGUCCUGCUGCUCGAGGCCGGAGUCCGUGAAAAUUUACUGAUGGACGUGCCCGUGCUGGUGAACUACCUGCAGUUCAGCGACAAGAUCAAUUGGAAGUAUCAGACGGAGCCGUCCGGGAAGCAGUACUGCGCGGGCAUGAGCGAGCAGCGCUGCAAUUGGCCGCGGGGCAAAGUCAUGGGCGGCAGCAGCGUCCUCAACUACAUGAUAGCCACCCGAGGCAACCGACUGGACUACGAUCACUGGGCGGCCCUGGGCAACGACGGCUGGUCCUUCGACGAGCUGCUGCCGUACUUUCGCAAGCUCGAGCGAAGCAGCGUCGACGCCGAGCCCGAGGCCGGUCUCAGAGGCAGCUCGGGCCCGGUGACGGUGCAGCAUCCGCCCUUCCACACGCCCCUGGCGGAGGCCUUCCUGCGGGCCGGCGAGGAGAUGGGCUACCCGAGCGGCGUCGACUACAACGGCCGGGGUCAGGUCGGCUUCGCCUACAUCCAGGCCAGCAUGAACAACGGCACCCGGAUGAGCAGCAACCGAGCCUACCUGCGUCCGGCGCGCCACCGGAGGAAUCUCUGCGUCAGCCGGCAGAGCCACGUCGAGAGGCUGCUCGUGGAUCCGAGCACCAGGCGGGCCUACGGGGUGGAGUUCGUGAAGGCGGGCAGGCGGCUGCGCGUACGCUCGCGCAAGGAGAUCGUCCUGAGCGCCGGCGCCAUCGGCUCGGCCCAGCUGCUCAUGCUGUCGGGCAUCGGGCCGGCCGAUCAUUUGCGUCGCAUGAACAUCGACCUCGUGCAGGACGCGCCCGUCGGCGAGAACCUCAUGGACCAUAUCGCCUACGGCGGACUGGUGUUCUUGGUCGACCAACCGGUCUCCAUCUCGACGACCGAUCUCGCCGAUCCCACCAAGCCGUACUUGGCCGAGUUUCUGCAGAAUUACACCGGACCGCUGACCGUGCCGGGCGGCUGCGAGGCUCUCGCCUUCCUCGACGUCGACCGGCCCAACGAUCUGCAGGCCUAUCCCAACAUCGAGCUCCUCUUCGUCGGAGCCUCCAUCGUUUCCGACUUCCUCUUCCAUCGCAACGUCAACAUUUCCAAGGAGCAUUGGAAAGCGACCUUUUCCUCCGUCGUUGGAAGAUACUCUUGGACCAUUUUUCCCAUGCUAAUGAGGCCCAAAAGCCGGGGCAAACUCCUUUUGCGCAGUAAAAAUCCAUACGCCAAACCUCGCAUCUACGCCAAUUAUCUCGACGAUCCGGAGGACGUCAGAGUUAUGGUCAAGGGUAUCAGAAGCGCUAUCCAAGUUAGCAAGACCAAAGCGAUGCAAAGGUUCAAAUCGCGCCUCCACGACGUUCCGGUCUACGGCUGUGAGAAUUUCAUUUACGACUCGGACGAUUAUUGGGAGUGUGCCCUGAGAACCUACACCUUUACCAUUUACCAUCACUCGGGAACCUGUAAAAUGGCACCGAGCAAUGAUUCGACUGGAGUCGUCAAUCCAAGAUUACAAGUAAAAGGAAUUAAAGGACUGAGAGUUGCUGAUGCAUCUAUAAUGCCAACUAUAAUGACUGGACACACCAAUAUUCCUACCAUCAUGAUUGGCGAAAAACUAGCUGACUUGGUCAAAGAAGACUGGGAUUUGAAGAAUUUAUAUUGAACAUUAACGUAUUAACUUUGAACUACCAAAUUAAUGCUUAUUAGUAUCAACUGUUAAUUUCUCGCUAGUUUACUCAUUAAAAAGAUCAUCUGCGUUGACGUCGAAGUGUUUUGAAAAAAAAAGCAUAGAACCUCUUGUAAAUAUUAUUCAAAAUAUUGUUUUUUAAAUAAAUUUGUAUGUAUUGUUUAAAACGUAUAUAUGGUGCUACAGGUGACCAACGUACGAUCAAGAAAUAAACAUUUUUGGAUUUUUUUA